AGAUAUAGAAUUACGAAAGCUCAUCUCUCUCUCUCUCUCUAGAUUUCACCCCUUAGGUUUCUCUUUCCUCACAGAGACAGAGAGAGAAUCAGAGGAGCUUAAUCGAGAUUUGAUAUUCCUCACCACAGAUGGAUCAGAUAUUGAACAAGGUGGGCUCCUAUUGGCUCGGCCAGAAGGCCAACAAGGAGAUCGAUUCCGUCGGCGACGACCUCAACUCAUUAUCCACCAGUAUUGAAGGGGGAGCCAAAUGGUUGGUUAAUAAAAUCAAAGGAAAAAUGCAAAAGCCGUUGCCAGAGCUGUUAAGAGAGUAUAACCUGCCAAUAGGAAUCUUCCCUCGUGAUGCCACAAAUUAUGAAUUCAAUGAAGAGACUGGGAAGCUCACUGUUUUUAUUCCAGCAAUAUGUGAAGUGGGAUACAAGGACUCAUCUGUUCUGCGCUUCUUCACCACUGUGACUGGGUAUCUGGAGAAAGGAAAGCUGGCUGAUAUAGAGGGUAUGAAGACAAAGGUGAUGAUAUGGGUAAAAGUAACCAGUAUCACUUGUGAAGGAUCGAAGAUCUAUGUCACAGCCGGAAUGAAGAAAAGCAGGAAUAGAGAGGCGUACGAGGUUUCCAGGGAUGGAGUAAGUGUAGAUAAGUUUUAAAGUGGUUAGGAUGCCUUGGAGAUCCUAUUUCUUUUAACUUUUAACUCUGAACCUUCAUACUUUUGUGUCCAUAAUAAGUUUUAGAAUUCAAGUGCAAAGACUGGUUAACUUUAUGGUUUCUAUUGUGAUAAGGCUUUUACUCUGUUCUACUAUGUUGAAGGUGUCUGGCCAAAUAUAUAUAUACGUAUACAAUGAAGGUGGCAAUGCAUGAACCUUGUGUAUUAAGAUAUUAUAAAUUGUAUGGAAGGUGCUUUAGAGGA